AUGAGUGUGUCCAUGUACGAGCAGGGCGAGAGCAAGUGUGAGUGGUUAACAUCAGCGGUGAUGCUACGUAUCCUCACACCCACAGAGACUGAGCAAGGAACAUUAAUCAUCCUGCACACUGCUGCAGAAUGCCAUCUAGUGGUUACAACUGAUAAGGAGGAUGUUGCUGGGCCGUCUUUAUCUCCAGAUUCUUCGGUCAGUGGUCUGCAGAGCAUCAGUGUUAUCAAUCGCAUGCUAUGCACGCAUAACCUGCCUUGUGUACUUGUUCAGCUGAUCGACCGCUGCCCUUGGAGUCAUUGCAGAGAAGGUGAGGUGGAGAAGUGCAUAAACAGCAAGUGGCAGAAGAUUCCCGUGGACGACCAUUUAAAGAUAACAUAACUUGACGGCCAGGUCUGGAUUUCCCUUCACAAUCUGCUGCUAAAGGAAGAUUGUCAAAGGAAAUACGACCUCAACAGUUUCAACAAGAAUCAGCUGCUGAAGCUCCGAGGUUUCUUGACAGAGGUGCUCGUUGAUCAGUUGCCAAACUUGUUGGAGCUUCAGCGUUUCCUGGCUCAUCUUGCAGUCACAGAUCCAGGCCCUCCAAAAUAAGAGCUUGUUUUGGAGCAGAUCGCAGAAAUGUGGAACCACAUUGUGAGUGAGAACUCGGGGAAGUGGAAGGCAAUAGACAAAUAUCAAGCGAGACUACAUGCACAGAGGUAAUACUGGGCCCAGACAUACAACUUGGAUGUAAUGGAGAGUUUACUCCCUGAGAAGCCAAAGUGUAGACGCUGUGGGAAAGAGGCAGCGAAGAAAUGCUCCUGCUGUCAGGGGGAAUGUUACUGUAACAGAGAAUGUCAGGUGAAGCACUGGCCUAAACACAAGAAAGUGUGUCAGCUCAUGGUCUAG